AUACAAAAUAGUUCUAUUGGCAAUUCACCUCCACCCUUCAGCUGAAUUUCUAUUUCCAGAAAUGCAGUUUCUCAUUGUCAGCCAAACUUUCUGAUCAGCGUAUUGUUUUUAGAAGAAAGGGAUAACUUGUAAGGCUCAAGGAACAUAGUUGCAAAUUGCUAAGAUUCUUCUUUAUCACUUGAACGUCUGUUAUAUACCCUGCACGUGAGCCAAAUCUUCAUUUAAAUUCCAAACUCCAAAAUAAACAUUUCCAUGAAGAAUUCUUGCAAUACACAAUAACAAAAGAUAGUCAAAACUCUUCUGAUUUAGGCAGUUUUUGUUUAAGUAGACUAUCUAAACACAGCUGCCACAACUUCCAAUACAGAGCAGCAUAAAACCACCUGCACUUGGUUUCGCCCUUGGAAAAGACGCAUCUUCCCUCUCGUUAUUAGAAAAUUCCGUACCAAAUAAGAUAGUUUUCUCAUAUUGCAUGAAAUACAGCAUUUAACUUAACCUGACUCCUACAACCCAACAUAAAACCUGUUCCAGAGCGGUAACAGACCCAUAAUUAAAAUUGCAUCAAAUGAUACGUUAACAGAAAUACUUAACACUUAAAGCCUUAAAUGGACAGACAUAGAAAUGCAGCCUCAGACUGAGACUUUGGGCUGUGAAAUGUACACCCACGACCUUGUUUUGCUGGCCUGCUUUGUAACCACGGGUUCCGCCCUGAGAUAGGUGAUGGGCCGCUCUCCAGCCGUCUGAUAACUCAUGAAGAUUUCUGUCUCUUCCGCCACCCACUUCACAGGUAGUAUGUGACUCCUCCACGCAGCGGGUCCUGAGCCUGCGGCAGAGCUGGGGCCCAGGAGGGCAGUUUCUCAGUCGCCACGCGGCCCAAUCGCCACAUCUCCAUCCCGCGUCCGGUCCCUCGAAUGUAGGCCAGGCUUUUCGCUUGCUUUACCCGUGGUGGGAAGCCAAUAGUUACUUAUGGCGGAAGGAAUAUUAUUAUCUACGUGUCACUCGGAGAUUGGAGGACGAGUAGAAAGUACAAGCCCUCCACACCGCGCUCGGCCGCGGUCCUUUCCCCGUCGAGCCUCCUCCAAGCCACCGCCACCGCACGCGGUCCUAGAGGCCAGCCCGCGGGGAAAAAAGAGCGCGGACGCGCGCAACUGAGCAUGCGCCGCUGCCCGUCCGCACCGCUUUACGACCCUCCCCCCUACCCCCACCCGGGGGCCGUGGGAGCUGCGUCGCGAAAUCAACCACGCUCUCUCCCCGCCCCUCAGGCCGCUGGGACCUGGAGCGUCCGGGAGCGGGCGCCCGUGCGUGAUGACGCACGUGGUCGCGAAGACGUGGGGACGCAGGCGGGUCGUAUAGAGCGCUCAGCUACCUGUGUAUCUUCCCAGAUUCCUCACGUCUGACCACAUUUUCCCGUCACAGGCUUGAUAUCUAACCAUGCAGCGGAGGUCAAGAGGAACUCAUAUUGGGCUGCUGCUUCUCCUUUCUCAAAUCUUCCGCGUUGGGAUCAACAAUAUUCCACCUGUCACCCUAGCAACUUUGGCUCUCAACGUCUGGUUCUUCUUGAAUCCUCUGAAGCCGCUGCUUAGCUCCUGCCUUAGUGUGGAGAAGUGUUACCAGCAAAAAGACUGGCAGCGCUUACUGCUUUCCCCUCUUCACCACGUGGAUGAUUGGCACUUGUAUUUCAAUAUGGCAUCCAUGCUCUGGAAAGGAAUUCAUCUGGAAAGAAGACUAGGAAGUAGAUGGUUUGCCUACGUCAUCACCACGUUCUCCCUACUCACUGGGGUGGUGUACCUGUUCUUGGAAUUUGCUCUGGCAGAACUUAUGGAUGAACCUGACUUCAGAAGGAACUGUGCUGUAGGUUUCUCAGGAGUUUUGUUUGCUUUGAAAGUUCUUAACAACCAUUAUUGCCCUGGAGGCUUUGUCAACGUUUUGGGCUUUCCUGUACCCAGCAAAUUUGCUUGUUGGGCAGAACUUUUGGCUAUUCAUUUCAUCUCGCCAGGGACUUCCUUCGCCGGACACCUGGCCGGGAUUCUUGUUGGACUAAUGUACACCCGCGGACCUCUGAAGAAGAUCAUGGAAACGUGCUCAGGCGUUUUUCCCUCCAAUAUUGAUUACCCAGGACAGCAGGACUACUUUAAUGGUUUAGGCUACUUUGGAUAUCAGGAUUAUUACCCACGUGGCAGGCCAGGUUACUAUGACGAAGUACCCAGGAACUAUGACGCAUAUACAGCGGGACUGAGUGAAGAGGAACAGCUGGAGAGAGCGUUAAGAGCCAGCCUCCGGGACCAAGGAAAUCGCAGAAAUAGCCCCCCGGCCUAUGGGUUCCAUCUCACACCGGAAGAAGAAAUGAGGAGAAGGCGGCUUCACAGAUUCGACGGCCAGUGAGGUGACCCAGCCGUAUGAACAGAUGUGAUCCAGCUGUGCUAUCACUGCCCCCAAGCCCCCACUUAGUUUUAAACAAAAGCAGAGGGCACUGUGACCGUCCCAGUUGCUCACAUCUGCCGUGGCCCUUCGUCCUAUGGCCUCUGUGAGUCUAAUUUGCAAGCAGAUUGACAUCUUGAGACCAGGCUUGUUGGAUGCAGCUCACAGCUCUCUGGGAGUGGCCCACCUCCUGGCCUUGUCUUCUUGCAGACAGAAAGUCAGCGUCUCCACAUAGGGACCAGUUUCCACGCUCAUUUCUCUCACUGCUGACUCAGCCUUGUUUUGUCUUUGAAGACCGUGACCUUCGCCAGCAGGUUUGUGUUCACCAGCCCAGAAGAUCAGGCCCUCAUCCUGCUCAGUGCUCGACUUGGCAGGAAGCAGGGAGCCGUCCCUCAUCCUCCUGGCAUGUUGCCAUGGUGACUUUCCAGGAACAGGAUGUGGCCACCAUCGCAGGCUGUCGUUCCGGUCUCCCUUGCCCAAGCGCCUCGGCUCCUUGGGCCCCCAUAUCUGGAUGGUGGUUGCAGUGAGCCUGCUUUGCUGUGCUAACACUCUGCCUUCACGGGAUGUGUAACUGGAAAAGCGUAAGUAAGACCUCAGAUGGGAAACCACUUACACACUCCAUGACACAGCAGGCGGUAUCCACAGUUGGGCUCCCAGCAGCCUCUCCAGUGGCGAUGUACCAUCCCGGAGAUGCAACUUGUAUUGAACCAACCAGCAAAGCAGCAGCACGUGCCGCGUGCAGAAUAGUGACCAGUGGGUUGGUCACUGAGAAAUCCCUCGUGACAAAGUAUUUUUUCCUCAUAAAAGUGCCUUUUAAUUGACCACUAUAACAGCUGCUUGUCCUACUCACCAUCCAAGACACUCCCCAAACCCACAGACUGCAAGUCACUUAAGGUGUUUCCUGGUGCUUGUGUUUCGUGAAUAAAAGGAAAAAGUCAAAUAUCACUGAUGUCUUAUUUCAUUGAGAUAUUUAUGUUUAAAGGGAGUUAGAAGCAGAAAAGGAUCUUCCUAUUUUGCUUUAUUUGGCAUUUUAUAUAGUUUUCUGAUUAUGAAAGUAAUAUAUAUACCUUGUAUAUGCAUAAAGCAAACAUCUGGCAGGAAAUGUACCCACAUGUUAACAGAGGUUAUUUUGGAAGGUGGAGUGCAUAGGAGUUUGCUUUCUGUUUUUUAUGAUUUUGUAUUGCUGUCUUUUAAAAACAUGUGUAUACCUAUGUUACGUGUACUACUUUUGCGGUAGGAAAACUGAUUUAUAUGAUAGUAAUAAAUCAAGAAAUAUAUGAUCAGGAAAAUGGACUCAAUAAUAAGUAUUGUGUAUCCGUUGAUAAAAUUUACAAUAUAAACAGAAAUACAAAAAAAUACAUGUGCGAUUUAAAAAAUCACCUGUAUCCCCACCACUCAGAGGUACCCAGGGUUAACAUUUUGGGGAUAUUGCUUUCUCAGUCUUUGUAUACAUCUGACAAAUUUGGAGCAUACCAACUAUGCAGUUUUGUAUCCGGUUCCUAAUGUGAAUUGACCUGGGAGAGGCUUUUGCCACUUGCACGUACAUGAGCUAAGAAAAUCACCACGUGAGACCCGGGAGCACCUUGACCUGCCAGCUGGCACGGUGUUACCUGAGCUCCUUGGGUUAAUUUAUGACUGAUAAUAAAGCUACAUACAGCAUGUUUAUAGUAUGAAUUGUAUCUCUGAGUCUUGUAGAGUCAAACAUUUUAAAGUUUAAAUGUUCAAGCUAAAUGUCAUUCCUCUUUUCUCCCAGACUCUUGGAAUUUGUUUCCCAUGACCUCUGUUGGGAGUAAAAAGCUCAUUCUUAACACGCCAUCUUCUCAUAACACAUUGUAAAGGUAAUUCUGUUAUAACACUUAUAUCUUGCCCUAUGACUUUUUGUGCACAACUGUAGAAAGAUGUGCCUUCUGCAUGGGAGCACGGGUUAUGAAUGGCUCUGGGAUGAGGCCUGUGUCUUGUUAACUGUACACUUCUGCCUCAAGCCCGCCACCCAAAGGCUGGCCCCUGGCUCCCAGUAGGGGCUUAUUAAAUGUUAGCUUCCCCAAGGUGUUUUUUCAAUGCAUUAAAAGUCCAACCACUAUAUAUGGAAGUAUAUAUAUAUUUUUUUACUGCUGUUGAGUCCAAUAAUAGUAGCUCCUUGCUCCGUUUCACUUGUCAGAUAUAAAGACACCAGAACUGAAUUUCAGAUGUGUAACUGUAAUAUGCACGCCUUCUUGAUUUAUGGAGUGGAACACAUCACUAAACUUUACAGAUGUGGGAAAGGUCAUUUUAGUUACAAAUAUAAACCGGUUAUCUUAGCACAACAGUAAAGGUGUUUUGGAAAUUACUGUAAUUACUUUGUUCAGUUAAUAGGCUUGCUUGUAACCAGUGCUUAUUAUUUUCAAUAUCCAUCUUAUUUUUUUUCCUCCAAGAAGGAUUCUCCGAAGUUACGCCAGAAAACUGGAAUUGGAUCGAGAAAGACAAAAGCCAGUGCAUUCGACUGUCUCUAAUAGGAAAUAAGCAUUUAGAGCUGGUUUUAAAUUUGGUUUCUUUGCUUUAACAGUAAUUUCAUGAUUGUCUGUUAAACAUCCCCACACUUUGGCUGUGGUUAGUCAACUUAUGAGACCUCUUAAUUCAGAGUCUUUCCUUGGUUCUCAAGACGAGGGGGCAGUUAAGUUGCUUCCUCUUCGUGACCUUGGAAGUAUUUAGUGCCCCUGAUUCCAAAGUUGUGCGUGAUUGUUCAAGGCUCCUCUGUCCUUUUAAGCUGUCUGUUGUUGAGGCCCAGACAGUAAAUGGCUGGUUUUUGUAGAAUCGGGGCCAGUCUACAUAGUGGUCACACAUUCUGCCGCUUGGGGAGUGAGUUUAAAAGGGCUGAGACCCACCACCAAACAAGGACAGUAACACAGAGAGGGUGGGGCCAACUGGGCCACCCACUUCCCAGUCCUAGUUCAUCUUGGGAGAUUCAAUCAAAUAGUCAUUAAAACAAAACAAAACAAACCUAUCAUCUCUUCCUUUCCCUUCCCAUGGAUUACUGCAGUCAUUUCCUUUUUGUUUUUGCCCCUCGUCUUUCAUUUUAGAGUCACAGCCUCCCUGCUUAGAAGGACCUUAAAAUCUCUCAGUACACUGCUCAAUACUUAAAAUACCUCUUCUCUCAGUUCUACACAGCGCUGCCAGUUAUCUUCCGAAACCUACUUUUGCGACGCCACUCACCAUCUCAGUACCUUCUAUUGUCUCUCUGUUGCCAAAGGGUAAAGGUCAAACUCAUUUCCUCAACCAUGGGGCUCUAGCCAGCCCUUCAGCCUCAUCCCCCCUCAUCCAUAACAGAGUCUGUGCUGCUAACUGGUCUCGCCGUCCAAGCUGUGCGCUUUCCUGACCCUGUGACUUAAAUGAAGCAACCUUUUCCAAUCUCUCUGUCCAUCCAGAUUCUCCCCGUCCUGCCAUCAGACACCACGACCCAGAAUGCUCUGCUCCUGUAGAGUGUUCAUUACAGUUACCACACACCACCUAGAAUUGCUAGUUAUCCUUCAGUGAGAGGACUGUCUUUCUCUCUCGAUUGUGAACUUCACAAGGGCAGGAACCCUGAAUGUGUUACUGUG